CAGAGGCUAAAAGUGACUCUAGAAUGUGACUGCUUCUCGGUUGCUAGCCCCAGGACGAGAGUCCACCUCUACUGCGUACUUGAUUUGGAUUCUAUCUGAUCCAUUACAAGACCGAUUCAACCAUGACUCACAUGGCUUUGGAGAUGAGUGAGAGCCUGGAGGAGCGCUGCAACCGGAUCCUCCGGGACAUGGAGGGCUCCCUUACGGCCCGGGAUCGGGUGGGCAUCCAGGAUUUCGUUUUGCUGGACGCCUACACAAGUGAGAGUGCCGUCCUGGACAACUUGAGGAAACGCUUCAACGAGAACCUCAUUUACACCUACAUUGGUACGCUCUUAGUGUCAGUGAACCCCUACAAAGAGCUGGGAAUCUACACCAAGAAGCAGAUGGAUAUUUACAUGGGCGUCAACUUUUUUGAGCUUCCACCCCACAUCUACGCCCUGGCAGACAAUGUCUACCGCACCAUGUUAACAGAGACCAACAACCACUUCAUCUUGAUCUCAGGGGAGAGUGGAGCAGGAAAGACGGAGGCCUCCAAGAAGAUCCUGCAGUUCUACGCUGUGAGCUGCCCCAGUACCAAACUGCUGGACAACGUUCGAGACCGACUGCUGCUGUCCAACCCCGUGCUCGAGGCUUUCGGAAAUGCCAAAACCCUGAAGAAUGACAACUCAAGCCGCUUUGGGAAGUACAUGGAUAUUCAGUUUGAUCACAUGGGGGGAGCUGUUGGUGGCCACAUCCUCAGUUAUCUACUGGAGAAGUCCCGGGUGGUGCAUCAGAACCAUGGAGAGAGAAGCUUCCACAUCUUCUACCAGCUAGUGGAGGGAGGAGAGGAGGACCUGCUACGCUGGCUGGGUCUGGAGAGGAACUGUCAGCGCUACAGUUACCUGGUACAGGUGGGAGAGGGAGAAUGUGCCAAAGUCAGCUCAGUCAACGACAAGAGUGACUGGAAGACGGUACGGAAAGCCCUCAGUGUCAUAGAGUUCAGUGAGAGCAAUAUAGAGAGCCUGUUUGCAAUCAUUGCUAGCGUACUUCACCUGGGAAAUGUUACGUUUGUGACUGACUCACAGGGAUACGCCACUCUCAACAACAGUCCGGAGAUACAUUGGCUGUCCAAGUUGCUGGGCAUUCCUGCACAGGUGAUACAGGUGGGUUUGACACACAGGAAGAUUGAGGCCCGAUCAGAAGAGGUGCUCAGUCCCUUCACCGUUGACCAGGCAGUAUAUGCCAAGGACGCUCUAGCCAAAGCCAUCUAUGGCCGCACCUUCACCUGGCUGGUCAACGAGCUCAAUGAGUCUUUAGCAAACAAGGAUUCCUCCAGGAAGACCGUGAUUGGUCUGCUUGACAUCUAUGGGUUUGAGGUCUUCAGUGUGAACAGCUUUGAGCAGUUCUGCAUCAACUACUGUAAUGAGAAACUGCAGCAGCUCUUUAUCCAGCUGACCCUGAAGUCAGAGCAGGAGGAGUACGAGAUGGAGGGGAUUGAGUGGGAGUCAGUGCCAUACUUCAACAACAAGAUCAUCUGUGACCUGGUGGAGGAGAAAUUCAAAGGCAUCAUUUCAGUGCUAGACGAGGAGUGUCUACGUCCGGGAGAGGCCACAGACAUGACCUUCCUGGAGAAGCUGGAGGAGAAGAUGGGAGGUCACCCCCAUUUCGUCACACACAAGCUGGCUGACCAGAAGACCCGGAAGACUCUGGAACGAGGAGACUUCCGCCUCUUACACUAUGCAGGGGAAGUCACAUACAGUGUGGUCGGAUUCCUGGACAAAAAUAAUGAUCUCCUGUACAGGAACAUUAAAGAGGUUAUGCGCCAGUCUAAGAAUGCCAUUGUUAAACACUGCUUCCCCAGCACUGAGCCGGACAGCAAGAAGAGACCUGAAACAGUGGCCACUCAGUUUAAGAGCAGUCUGGUAGGCCUGACUGAGAUCCUCAUGUCUAAAGAGCCCUGGUACGUCCGCUGUAUGAAGCCUAAUGAAGGCAAGCAGCCAGGGCUCUUUGACGAUGUGUUGGUGAGACACCAGGUGAAGUACCUGGGGCUGAUGGAGCACCUGAGGGUCAGACGGGCCGGCUUCGCUUACCGCCGGAGAUAUGAGAUCUUCCUGCAGAGGUACAAGCCCCUGUGUCCAGACACCUGGCCUAACUGGAAAGGUACAGCCGCAGAGGGGGUGGAGUGCCUGGUCAAGCACCUGGGCUACAAGCCUGAUGAGUACAAGAUGGGAAGGACCAAGAUCUUCAUCCGCCAUCCCAGGACUCUGUUUGCCACCGAAGACGCCUUUGAGGUCUGCAAGCAUGAGCUGGCUACAAGGAUCCAAGCAAAGUACAAAGGCUACAGAGUGAAGGGAGACUACAUCAGACAGAGACAAGCAGCUACAAAGAUUGAGACAUGCUGGAGAGGCAUGAAGGCCAGGAGAGAGAGGGAGAAGAGAGCCUGGGCUGUUAAGGUCAUUAAGAGGUUCAUCAAGGGCUUCAUGACUAGAAAUCAGCCAGCCUGUGUUGACAACACAGAGUACCUGGCAUUUGUCAGGCAAAACUACCUCACACGGCUCAAGGAGAAUCUACCCAAAACAGUUGUGGACAAGAACACCUGGCUAACCCCACCUCCCAUUAUGCAGGAGGCCUCACAGAUGUUGAGGAAACUUUACACCCGGCACAUGGUACGGAGGUAUGUACAAGGAAUCAUGACAGAGCGGAAAGCACAGUUGCAAAUCAAAGGAUUGACCAGUUCCAUAUUCAAAGGAACAAAAGAGAACUACCCUCACAGUGUGGGAAUACCAUUCAUGGACACCAGGAUAAGUGAGGAAGACAUCCACAUUAAAGUCUACCAGAUGAUUAGGCAAGAACGCAUCAAGUACAGUGUUCCUGUGGUGAAGUACGACAGGAAGGGCUUCAGGCCACGUUUCAGACAGCUGAUCUACACUGGAAGUGCAGCCUACCUGGUGGAGGAGGCCAAGAUCAAACAGCGGGUGGAGUUCAACAACCUCAAAGGUGUGUCAGUCAGCACCCUGAGUGACAACUUCCUGAUCCUCCAUGUCCAAUGUGAGGAUAUCAAGCAAAAGGGGGACCUGGUGCUGCAGUGUGACUACCUGUUUGAGGCCUUGACCAAGUUGUGUCUGGUGGCCAACAAGCACAAUUUUAUCAAAGUAGUCCAGGGCAGUGUAAAGUUUGACAUCCAGCCUGGCAGAGAGGGGUUUGUUGACUUCAAGAGUGGCCAGGAGACCAUGAUUUACAGAGCAAAGAAUGGCCAUUUGAUGGUGGAAUCAACUCGAACAAAGUCCCGGGCAAUGAUACAAAAUUGAACUGGAUCCAAUAAUCAGAUUCUACAAGGUUUUAGGCAUCUUGGGACUUAAAUCAUGAAUGAGAACCUGCAUCCUCUCAGUAAGGGUUGGACAUAAUGAAAUGAAUUGAAAUCUCAACAAAAGGUUCGUACUGUGGAGGAAACUCCAAAGGAAUGACUACUGAUGCUCUACUCGGAUGAAAACUUCACCGGUUAUUAAGCUAUACAUCACAUGCAUGGGCUCAGUUGUGACUUAUCAAGCAAAGCGGUCAUUAUAAUAGGGCUCAUUUGUAAAAUAUGGUUUUGCUUUAGGUAUAUUUUCCCUAGAUGUCCCAUUUUGUAGCGAUAUAAGCAACAUGGUUAAAUCAUUCAAACAUUUUGUGAUUUUGAAGCCAUACUUUUUAUACUUUCUCACAAAGAUGCUGUACCAUAUUUACAUUAAAACCAACUAAGUAUUCAUA